GCAUCCGCUCGGCACAGACGCGCUUCGUGGAGCGGCGAAGUUUCCGUCUCCUCCAAUCAGGACGCCGCCUCUCUCGGCCUCGUCCAAUGGGAAUAGCGCGCGUGCAGGUGGCUGCGCUGUUAUCAGCGAGUCCCGCGUCGGUCCCAGCGUAGAGCGAGUCAAUGUAUGGAAAAGACGAGCCGACCUCUUAAUGGUUCCCAUCAAAACCACUAAAAAACAGCAGCGGAGCGGGCGACGACUUCCGUGAGGAUUCCUGUGGCGGACGCACGCGGCUUCCUCCCAGCUGACGAGAACAAACACGAGGAGAGACAUUUUUUUGUGGGGAGUUUUUUUUUUUUUCGCCAAGCGCUUCAACUUCCUGAGACAAGAAGAAGUUUGGGUUUAGCUCAAGUUUUUCCCCCCCCAGCAUCUCCAGACUCUUUCGCCCAGGAUACUUUUGGAACAGGCGGCAGAAGUGGCCUGGCUCCUGAACACCUCCUCCUCCACCACCUCCUCCUCCUCCUCCUCUCUCCUCUGCGCUUUUAUCCACUCUGACUAGUUUAUGUGCCGUUUUUAACCCACGCGACUUUGGUGGUUCAUGUUCACAAAUGUUAGCGGUCGGGCAGAUGGAGGCUAACCGGCAGAGUGCUUUCGUCCUGGGCAGCACCCCGCUGGCGGCGUUGCACAACAUGACCGAGAUGAAGACGUCCCUGUUCCCGUACGCGCUGCAGCAGAGCCCGGGGGGCUUCAAGACGCCCUCGCUGUCCAGCCUCAACUCCCACCUCUCCGGGGGGACCCCGCACGGAAUAAGCGACAUCCUGGGCAGACCCAUCACCACGGCCGGACAGCUGCUCUCCGGGUUCCCACGAAUAAACGGCCUGGCCACCACCGCGGCCGCCGCGGCGGCAGGAAUGUACUUCAGCCCAGCGGUGUCGCGGUAUCCGAAGCCCCUGGCCGAGCUGCCGGGGAGGGCGCCCAUCUUCUGGCCCGGAGUGAUGCAGGGUUCUCCGUGGAGGGACCCGCGGGUUCCUUGUCCCACCCAGACUAGCUUAAUGAUGGACAAGGACGGCAAGAAGAAACACUCCAGACCCACUUUUUCAGGACAGCAAAUUUUUGCACUGGAGAAAACUUUCGAGCAGACUAAAUACCUGGCCGGACCAGAGAGGGCCCGGCUGGCCUACUCCUUAGGAAUGACCGAGAGCCAAGUCAAGGUUUGGUUUCAGAACAGACGGACCAAGUGGCGAAAGAGACACGCGGCCGAGAUGGCCACGGCCAAGAAGAAGCACGACUCGGAGACGGAGAAAAUGAAGGAGAGCUCGGACAACGAGGACGACGACGACUACAACAAACCGCUGGACCCAAACUCAGACGACGAGAAAAUCACGAGACUGUUGAAAAAGCACAAGGCCACCAACCUGGCGCUGAUCAGCCCCUGCAGCAACAGCUCGGACACCUUGUGAUGCCCGAGCGUCCAACGUGGGGGACUUUUGUCGCACUCUUUCUGACCCCGUUCCCACCUGACAGCUGCCGACAUGCGUGUGAAGUGAUCGCGUUUUUUUUUUUUUUAAAUAUUCCCCGAGAAAGUGCGUAAAAACGAAAAGAGAGAGAAAAAAAACGCGAGCGUGCGCCAAGACGCGCGGAGGAACUCGCCCACCAAAGCGUGGGCCCGCGUCCGAAACCACCCGCAGACACUGUUACCCACGGAGCUGUAACUCCUGUCAGAUCUGGACUGCAAGGAGACUGACAAAAGACAUGCUCGGUGUCACUUUAAAAAGGACAAGAAUGCUCGGGGAGGAAGUUUUGGACGCAAUUUUUACGCAAUACCGGAGUUUUAACAACAGGUGUAAAUGUAAACAAAAUAUCCUUAGACACACAAUCCGGAUCAGUGUUGGGAGCAUUAGUCAUCACUUUUAUGACAGAAAUAGUGUCGAGUUAGUCAUCCAGUGUAGCUCAUAACACCAGUUAUGUUGUUAUCCGUUAAGACUCUACAUAAUAUUACACAUGAAGAAGUAAAGGAGGUCACUAGACUCACAUCCUAAUUAUGAGCGUCUUAUUUUCACUGUUAAUUUAAUAAUAUUUCCAGCUCCUUUUUUUACUUACAGAACGUAAAGUGCACACAUGUUUGAUAUCAUUCAGCUUUUUUUAUUUUUUUAUUUUCCUGGGGUCUAACAGAAGCAGCUAUUUGUCUGAUGCAGCUCUGAUUCUACUGGAAGCUUUUUUUUUUUUAUCAGAACAGAUCGAGUUAGGAGCCGACACUGAUCCGGAUCCCAGGCGCAUGUUUGAAUCGGCAGGUGUGAACGGGGCCUGUGACGCUUCUAAAGCUCAGUUUAACCAGGGUAUCCACAGUCCGAAGGGGCAAGAGAGGAAAAGGUCCGGGGAGGGCGACGGACUCGUGCCGCAGAUGAAAAUGUAUGAGAUUGUAUAUAUAUUUUUUACUGAAUAAGUUAUGUUUGUUUCAAGCAGUGGAAACGUGGCAGCCUUGUUUUUUUGUUUUGUUUUUUUUGUUUUGUUCUCCUCCGCAGCACUGACGCGCUUAUCCCCCCUCAGAUUCACCUGCUGCUUCAUUUUUAAUUCCUCUACAGCAAAACCAUCGCUCUCUCUUUUUUUUUCCUCCUUCCACAUUUUUUGGUAUCAACUCAGUUCCAACACACAAAUGUAUAGACGCAAAAUGCUGUAAAUAAUAACUGUAAAAAAAAAAAUAAGAAAAAAAAUAAGAAAAAAAUAAGAAAAAAAGGCAGCUUGUUUUAACGGCAUCAGGACAGUUUGCUUUCAUUUCAUUCGGUUUUUACCUCAUCAUGCAGCGGGGCAGGAGCAUCGUUUAUGUUGGAUUUAAAGAGAGUAUUAUUGCUUCCGGGAAGGUUAUAGGAAGAAAAAAAAACUUUGUAUUAUGAAUAAAUUAUUUAACAAGCAUUUGUUUUUGUUCUGUUUUGGGUUUUAUUUGAAUGUAUGGGCUUAAUAUAAAUUAAAGAUAAAUUCCUGACUAUCGAUAA